GCAUGAAGCUAAGAUGUCACUGGGUAAAUUGAAGCUUUUCUCCAAUGCUCCUUGGUUUGACACGUUGAGGCUUGCAACCGACAAAAAGUGUGAAUUGAUCAAUGCCUUUUGGCCUCAUCUCAAUCUAACACAGGGCGACUACAACGAUGAGAACUACAAAUCCUUGCUCAGCUUCUGGGGAGAGACCUUACAAAGCCUGAUGAGUCAUCGUAAAGAGUUCGCAGUCCAAGAUUGGGAUGACCUGCGUAAAAUAGUGGUUCAAAUAAGAUUGAACCCAGGCAACAAGAGAAGGGUACUGACGGAUGAAAUAAAGAAAGCUUAUCACAAGCCCAGUGAUGAGGAGAUUGCUUGCUCUAUCGAGCUUGUGGUACAACUUUGGCUGGGAAUCCGAGUUCACUCCACUCCACCUUCCCUUGGACCAGUGAAUCUCAGAGACACCCAAAUCCACUGGCCGAACGACCAAUCCUUUGAAAGUAUGGUUACAGGUCCGUUCCUCCGCGGCACCAAAAAAGCACAAUCUGCGGCCUACUUCCUAUUCGACGAUUCCUUCACAGCCGCGGCAUUGAAGAAAACCUGCCGACUCAGGAUACACUGGACCGACAGCUUGGUCGACCAUCUGAAAAUGGAAGGAACCAGGGGCAAAAGACAGCUCUCCAUCUUCAAACACAAGAUCAGCCUUGUGAACCAUCGCAAUGAACCGAAUGCAACAAUCAUCCCGGCAGAUGUCUUGGACGAAACCAUUCGCACACUCGAUCUACUGUUUCCCUUUGGCGAUAAGCCAACGAAGACUUUCUUGGAACACUCACAUGUUAAUAUGGAGAUACUGAACCCUUUGGAGUUACCGCGAGCAACCGAGCUAGACGAGUUCCUGUACUGGAGGAGCCGUCUCGCUCAACUGCUGAGUCUGUUCCAUGGACCACCAGAGACUGUACGUCAAACUCUAGUAGACUCCAGGAAUAUUGCCCAAUUCGCGACCAUUUGGGUGGCUAUCUUCGGUGUCUUCUUCCUGACAAUCUUGUUUGGCGUCCUCUCGACUGUCUACUCGGCCAAGCAGUAUAAUGUCGCCGUCGAGUCAUACCAGCUUGCCCUGGCGCAGGCCUGCUGCCAACAAACAUCCCCACUGUUACCCAUCUGUGCCCAGUCGACCGCAAAGCUGUGCUGA